AUGACAUUCCAAGCCAACAUCAAAGCGAUAGCACAGCAUAAUGCACGUACCCUUCGAACCGCUCCGCUGGCGGAGCUGUCUGGUGCCCUGGGCGAUCUGGGGACCCUAUUACCCUUGAUGAUUGCAAUGACUCUCAAGGGCUCCAUCAACCUUGGAAGCACCCUUGUCUUCUCUGGACUGGCCAAUCUUCUCACCGGAAUCUUCUUCGGGAUACCCUUACCCGUGCAACCCAUGAAAGCCAUCGCAGCUGUGGCGAUCAGCCAAAAUUUCGACCAGCAGGAAACCGCAGCUGCGGGACUAACGAUGGGAAUUGCCGUAUUCGUGCUGAGUGCCACCGGUCUGCUACAGUGGCUACAUCGCGUUGUGCCAGUCAGCGUGGUCAAAGGCAUUCAAGUCGGUGCGGGUCUCAGUCUUGUCAUCAGCGCGGGCUCAAGCCUGAUUAAACCGCUUGACUGGACCUCUCCAGCCUGGGAUAACCGAAUCUGGGCGAUAGCAGCAUUCCUCUCCUUGGUCGGCGCCAGUCUCUAUCGUCGGAUCCCCUACGCUUUGAUCGUCUUCGCCAUUGGGCUCGUGAUCGCCGCGGCAAUUCCGGGCUCGAAGCACUUCUCAGCAGGCACAUGGCAUCCAUCCUUCCUCAUCCCGUCUGGAAAAGCUUGGAAAACCGGCGCCAUCGAUGCGGCCGUACCUCAACUCCCACUUACAACACUCAACAGCGUCUUAGCCGUGGCUUCCCUCGCCGGCAGCCUCUUUCCCACCUUUCCACCAACACCCAGCACAACGUCCAUCGGCUUCUCCGUCGCGAUCGCGAAUCUCAUUGGAUGCUGGUUCGGAGCGAUGCCGGUCUGUCACGGCUCGGGCGGUCUAGCGGGACAAUAUCGAUUCGGAGCACGCAGUGGCUCCAGCAUUAUCCUUCUCGGCACCGUGAAACUCCUUCUCGGCAUAUUCGUCGGCGAAGCCAUCAUUCCACUCCUCCAACGCUUCCCUCACGGUCUCCUUGGGAUUAUGGUUUUGGCUGCUGGCGUGGAGCUCGGCAAGGUUGGUCGGAGUGUAGGGGAAUCCCGCGACCUUUGGGAACAGGCGGAAGAAGAGAAUGAGGAGGGUCGGUCUGUGAUGAGGAAGAUUGGCGAGCAUACCGAGCAGGAACGCAGUGACAGGUGGAUGGUUAUGCUGAUUACUGUCGCUGGCUGCUUGGCUUUCAAGAAUGACGCUGUAGGUUUCAUUGCAGGACUCGUGUGGCAUUGGGGGCUGAGGGUGCCGUCAAUGGUUGAGAGGUUUCGUUUUCGCCGCUCUGUACAGCUCCGGGAUGAUGAUACGAGAGAAGAGGAUAUCGGAUUGCUGAGGUGA